AUGGGAGCUGAAGAACAAAGCAACAAGGAGCAUCGGACGUCGCGGGACAAGACGAAGAUGGCCAAGGCCAAGCUUCACGCCAACGGCUUCAACGCCAAAGCGUUUGCUGUGGCCAACCCCGGCAAGCUCGACCGUCAGGCCAGACGAUCCCACGACCACAAGGAGAAGCGAUACCACGCUCCUAUGGUCGACCGAACGACCGAGGACCCUCCGCCUGUAAUUGUGGCGGUCGUGGGUCCUCCUGGUACCGGAAAGACCACUCUGAUCAAGUCUCUGGUCAGACGAUACACCAAGCAGACUCUGAACGACAUUCGAGGACCCAUCACUGUGGUUUCUGGAAAGCGACGACGACUCACUUUUCUGGAAUGCAACAACGAUCUGAGCAGUAUGAUUGAUGUGGCCAAGAUCGCAGACCUGGUGCUGCUGGUAAUGGAUGGAAAUUUCGGCUUUGAAAUGGAGACCAUGGAGUUCCUCAACAUUCUCUCCCCUCACGGAUUCCCCCGAAUCCUGGGAGUCACUACCCAUCUAGAUCUGUUCAAGAACCCCGCCACCAUGCGAGCAUCUAAGAAGCGGCUCAAGACCCGGUUCUGGACCGAGGUCUACGCUGGAGCCAAGCUCUUUUACCUGUCAGGAGUCAUCAACGGACGAUACCCCGACCGGGAGAUUCUCAACCUAUGUCGGUUCAUUAACAUUAUGAAGUUCCGGCCGCUCAAAUGGCGAAACGAGCAUCCCUACCUGUUGGCCGACCGAGUGGUCGACAUUACCCACCCUUCUCUCAUUGAGAAGAACCCCAAGGUUGACAGAAAGGUGACCAUGUAUGGCUGGGUUCACGGAACACCUCUGCCCUAUGUGAAUGCCAAGGUGCACGUUCCCGGAAUCGGAGAUCUUGUGGUCAAGGAGGCUGAGCGUCUUCCUGAUCCCUGCCCCACUCCUUAUGCUGUCAAGAUGGCUGAGGAGGCUGCUAUUUCUGCAGGUGCCAAGCGAAAGCGACGUCUCGACGAGAAACAAAAGUCCAUUUACGCUCCCAUGUCCGAUGUUGGCGGUGUUCUCAUGGAUAAGGAUGCCGUUUACAUUGACGUUGGCAGCAAAUCGUUUGUUCCUGGUCAGGAGAAGGGUAUUGGAGAGCAGAUGGUGACUUCUCUGCAGAGUGCUAAGCACGGUUUGGGCGAGACUGAGCGUGUUUUCCGUCUGUUCAACGACAAGGAGUUUGACGAGGCGCUGGAGGAGGACAUUGAUGACGACGAAGAGGACAACGGAGAUCAUGGACGAACCGGAAUGCGAUCUGGAAGAGCCACCGAGAAGAUCACUGAAAUCGGAGACGAUGAGGAGGGAGACGAGCAGGAACAGGACGAGGAGUACGACUUCCAGGAGUCCGAUUCGGACAUGGAGCUCGGUAUGGAUGAGGAUGAGCUUUCUCAGCUACGUGCCCAGGCUCUGGAUGGUGCUUCCAAGUUCAAGAAGCAGACCCGAAAGAGCUGGGAUAUCAACCGAGUACUCUACCAGGAUGAUGUUUCUCCUGCUGAUGCCAUCUCCAAGUGGAAGGGCGACUUUGAGGAGCAGGAGGAGGACAUUGAGGCCGAUGAGGAGGAAUUCCUGAAGCGAGCUGACUUUGUUGAUAACUCUGGACUGGAUUCCUCCGUCCCUAUCUACGGCGAUUGUCUUGAUUCUUGGACUCAGGAAGCUAUUGCUGGUCUUUCGGACCGGUUCAUCACUGCUGUCUUUGACAAGGAUGGCAAUGUUAUUCAGGAUAAGGACGAAGAUGAAGAGGGAGAGGGCGACGACGACGAGAUUUACUCUGAUUUCGAGGAUAUGGAGACCGGGGAGAAGUUUGUCGGCGGAAAGAAGGCUGGAAGUGAUGAUGAGGACGACGAGGACGAUGAGGAUAACGAAGAAGAGGACUCUGAGAGUGAACCUGCCGCCAUGUCUCUUGCUCAGCAGCGAGAAGCGAAUGCUGCUAAGAAGGAGAAGCUCAAGAAGCAGUUUGAGCAGGAGCAGGGCGACGAUAGAGAAUUUGGAGCGGAGGACCCCGAGGGAGGCGAAGAGACGUCGUGGUACGAUCUUGAGAAGGCCAAAAUUGCAAAGCAGCUCGAGAUCAACGAGGCCGAGUACAAAGAGAUGGACCAAAACACACGAGAUCGGAUCGAGGGUUUCCGUGCGGGUACUUAUCUUCGUCUUGUGUUUGAGGGUGUUCCUUGUGAGUUCAUUCAGCAUUUUGAUCCCUCUUUUCCCGUACUCAUUGGAGGUCUUUUGGCUAACGAGGACCAGUUUGGAUUCUCCCAGGUACGAAUCAAGCGACAUCGAUGGCACAAGAAGGUACUCAAGUCUAACGAUCCUUUGGUGGUCUCACUUGGAUGGAGACGGUUCCAGACCAUUCCUCUGUACUCCACUUCGGACUCUCGAACUCGAAACCGACUGCUCAAGUACACUCCUGAGCAUAUGCAUUGCUUUGGCACCUUUUACGGCCCUCUGGUGUCCCCCAACACCGGUUUCUGUGCCGUUCCUGCUGUCGCUUCUGCCAAUAAGACUGGCGCGUUUAGAAUUGCUGCCACAGGUACUGUUCUUGAGGUUGACGCCUCCGUGGAGAUUGUCAAGAAGCUGAAGCUGGUUGGACAUCCCGCGAAGGUGUUCAAGAACACCGCCUUCAUCAAGGACAUGUUCAACUCGUCUCUGGAAGUGGCCAAGUUUGAGGGGGCUCAGAUCAAGACUGUUUCUGGUAUUCGAGGACACAUCAAGCGAGCUCUUGCCUCUCCCGAGGGCCAGUUCCGAGCCACCUUUGAAGACAAGAUUCUCAUGUCGGACAUUGUCUUCCUCAAGACCUGGUACCCCAUUCAGCCCCGAAAGUUCUACAACCCUGUCACUUCUCUGCUGUUGCAGGACAAGGCCAACUGGGCCGGUAUGAGACUCACUGGUCAGGUUCGAGCUGAGGAGGGUAUUGAGACUCCUCUGCUGGAGAACUCCAAGUACAACAAGAUUGAGCGAAAGGAGCGGUUCUUCCAGCCUCUCAAGGUGCCUCGAGCCAUCCAGUCUGGUCUGCCCUUUGCUGCCCAGCCUAAGAAUGUGGCCGACCCCAAGAAGCGGGACUACUACCUGCAGAAGCGGGCAGUUGUCUUGUCUGAGGAGGAACAGAAGGCCCGAGACCUUCUCAAGAAGGUCAUCACGAUCCGAAACGACAAGGAGAAGCGAGCCAAGGAGAAGUGGACUGCCCAGCACGAUGCAUACGAGAAGAAGAAGGCCGCGGCCGAGGCGGAGCGACUGGAGCGAGAGAAGACCAAGAAGAAAGAGUUCUUCCAGCAAAACAAGAAGCGAGGAGCUUCGCAGGGAGGAGACCAUGGAAGCAACAAGCGACGAAAGUAG